AUGGCUGCCACUUCAGUUCACACCUGUGGGUCCGUCAGGGGCCCCUGCAAGAUUACAACAAAUUGCCGGCCCAACAGUGCCGUCUCUGUCAACUGCCGUCCUGGAAGCGGUCUUCCUCCUCGGCGAUCCAGUGUCUGCCUGCCCACUCCAGGCCGUACAACUCCAUCGAUUCCCAGUAACUGCCGGACUGGCCAUCCCGCUUCCAGUCUGGGUUCCACAUGUGUCCCACCCCCUUGCAUCCCACCGCCUGCUCGCCCUCUGAACUGCUACCCUCUCAGCCACGAUCAAGGGAUCCUCAACUGCAAUGAAAAGGAAACCAUGGAGUUCCUGAACAGCCGUCUGGGCAACUACCUGGAAAGGGUGCGCUGCCUGGAACAAGAGAAUGCUGAGCUGGAAUGUAAGAUCCGAGAAUGGUACGAAUGUGAAAAUGCUUACGUCUGCACUGACUUCAAGCCUUUCUACUGCAGCAUUGAUGAACUCCAGCAGCAGAUUUGCUGCACUAAGGCUGAAAAUGCAAGGUUGUGCCUAGAUAUUGACAAUCUCAAAAUGGCUUCAGAUGACUACUGCACCAAGUAUGAUUAUGAGCUCAGUCUUCGUCAGCGGGAUGAGUCUGACAUCACUGGCCUCCGCAGAGUUCUGGAUGACCUCACUCUAUGCAGGGCUGACCUGGAAGCCCAACUUGAGUCCCUGACGGAGGAGAUGAUGUGCCUGAAGAAAAACCACGAGGAGGAGUCCUCCGCCCUCCGCUCCCAGCUUGGUAAUCGCAUUAAUGUGGAGGUGGAUGCCGCUCCAUCUUGCAACCUCAACAAGGUCCUGGAUGAGAUGCGAUGCCAGUAUGAGGCUGAUCUUCAAAAGAAUCGUCAGGAAGUUGAGGAUUGGUACUGUACACAGAUGGAAGAACUAAACAGGGAGGUGAUCUCCAGUGGAGAACAGCUGCAAUGCUGCCAGUCAGAGAUCAUCGAGACCAGACGUUGUGUUCAGGCCCUGGAAAUUGACAUGCAGGCUCAGCAGAGUAUGAAAGCAGCUCUGGAAGACACGUUGCAAGAAACUGAAUCCCGCUACUGCAACCAACUUUCACAGCUCCAAUGCCUGAUCAGUAAUGUGGAGGCCCAGCUUGCUGAAAUCCGCUGUGACAUUGAGCGCCAAAACUGCGAGUACAAGACCCUCCUUGAUGAAAAGGCCCGCCUGGAUUGCGAGAUCACCACUUACCGCAAUAUGCUGGAAGGGGAAGACUGCAAGCUCCCCAAUCAACCCUGUGACCCUGAGCACACAACUGCUGUCCGUUCAUCUGUCUGUCGGCCAGUUUGCAUGCCAGAAACAGUCUGUGCCCCCACCUGUCCGCCAGAGUGCAAACCAAUUAUGCAGACGAUUGAACCCAAUAUGGCUCUACCCUAUGUCAAUCCCUGUGGGCCAGUCUGUGUCCCGUGUGGUCCUAUGCCCUGUCCCCCCCACCCCUGUGCCCCAUGUGGUCCAGUCUGCUCACAGCCCUGUGGCCCAUGCCCAACUGGCCCACGGAUCACCACAAAGAUUUGCCGCAUGUGA